GCUUUUUGACAUCCACGAUAACCUCACAAAGCUUCACAGAUGAUAGCCGUUUUUAUAUCCCUGUAAAAAAAAUUCAAUUGUAUUUAUUUUCCAUAUUAUUUCCAGAAAUGAAUCAUAUUCCUGGAAUUUUUAUUGAAAAUUUAUGGAAAUUACAAGGACUUACUCGCAAAAUUCGGAAGAAUUCCAGAAAGGGUAUUCUUGAUAUAAUAAACUACACCUGGGUUACUACAGCAACAAUAAGCAAACCUCCAAUUUCAGCCAGUACUGAAAUUCCUCCAUUGACUAUUGGAAUUAUCGCUGGUUUAGCUGGUAUUAUUUUAAUUGGAAUAAUUGCUGGAAUUGUUGGAAUAUUUGUCUAUAAAAAACGAAAAGAACGUCGUUACUCUAUUGCGACGCCUGGAA